AUGCUUAUGAUGAUGAACAAACAACUUCCCGACUACUUCUUCUCUGAAUUCCCCAUCUUACCCUCUGACGCCUUCCCCGACGGUGAAACUCCUGCCGUCGCCUUCCCACAUUUCCUCCACCACCGUCACACCAAUGACCCAUCAUCAUUCGCCAACCACCCCUCCACCACUUUAUUAUUUUCCACCAAUGACCACCAAGCAAUCUCAUGGCGAGACCUCAUGACCAUGGAAGUCAUCGGCGCCGCCGCUGGCAACAAUAAUUGGAUGUCGGUUGCGCAGAAGAAGGCGUCGAUGGCGAACACAGAAAUUCGAUUUUGA